UGUCAAUAACUUGUCUUCUCAUCCAAACCUGUCAACAAUAAUCUUAUCCCGUUACACAUUUUUUCCGAAUAGUAUUAGAAAAUGUAUAGUUCGUAAGAUUUUUGUGCAAUAUUAUCAAUACAUGAAUAAAAAUGGCCCUAACUUAUAGGGCCUUAUUUAAAAAUUAUUAUUACUUGCAAAAUAUAACCAAACCGGUAAAAUGGAGUGUCGGAGAGAAAUAUCCAGUAAGAAGUAUGGCAAUUGGCCCCUGUUAUCAUAAUGAAUACAAUCCAAGACCCUUGCUUGAGACAAAGGAUUUAACAAUACAAGCUACAAGCUUAAGACUAUAUUCCACUCAAGACAAAACUCCAUCAGAUGGGGAACCAACAAAAGUGAAAGUAGGUCUUAUACAAAAAUUUAAAGUAAUGUACAGGGAUUAUUGGUAUGUGCUAAUACCUGUUCAUGUGGCUACGUCUAUUAUUUGGUUUGGAAGUUUUUACUAUGUUGUUAGAAGUGGUGUUGAUGUGUUAGCUAUAUUAAAAACAUUGGGUGUCAGUGAAACCAUAAUUGUUCCCCUAAGAGACUCUGCUGCAGGAUAUUUUGCCCUCGCAUUAGCAUUGUACAAAUUGGCAACACCUUUGCGGUAUACUGUAACAGUAGGAGGGACAACAGUUGCCAUUAAAAAAUUAAAAGAAUUGGGUUUCAUCAAACCAGUCCCUUCACGAGAAAGGAUAAAAGAAAUUUUUCAAGAAAAGAAAGAUACACUCCAAGAUCGUUUCAAUGAGAGUAAAACCCAUUAUCAAACGCAAAUGAAAGAAAGACGCACUCAAGUCCUGCAGGAAAUGAAACGUUAUAAAACUGAAAUGAGGAAUAUGAAGAAAAACAAGGUGAAGAAACUGUAAAACUUAAAAAUUCCAUAAAAAUAACUAACUUUAACUAAUUAAUGCAAGAAUGUCAUGAAAAUGUUAUUUAGUAAUAAUUGACCAACAUGAAGUAUGAAUUGAGAAACUACCAU